GGUGGCGUCGCGACGCCGCCGUCGUCAUUCCCGCGUUGAGACAGUACGCUCGCGGUGUGCUCAUAUCAACCUUGAGGAAUCUUUUUGGAGCGAAAGUUACACCUGCCCAAUUCCCAGCGUCGAGUUUUCUUCCAGCAACAGUAUUGUCUUUGGAAGAAAAGAUGAUGACGUUCAACGUAAUCAUAUUCUCCGUGUUCGCUAUUCUCGAGGGAAGUGUAUUGGCAAUGGAGGAACCCUCUUCCUCUUCAUCUACGCACACUCAACAUCUCAGUCAAGCAAUAUCGGAUCUGGUCUAUGAUGAACCCGCAGAAAAAAGAGCGUACACAUAUGUUUCCGAAUAUAAGAGAUUGCCGGUUUAUAAUUUCGGCCUUGGAAAACGAUGGGCCGACGCUAACGAUGGCAAGCGAGGACGACCAUUUUCCUUUGGACUUGGUAAGAGAAUAAGACCGUACAGCUUCGGUCUCGGCAAACGGAACGACAAUCAAUUUGAAUACCAACCAUUGAGGAAGAGUCUAGAUUAUUUCCCUGUUGAAGCUUAUGAGAGAUACCUAACACGAGAUAACGACGACGAUCAACUAUUGGAUUACAUUCAAGAGAAACGCGGCAAUCGUUUGUACAGUUUCGGCCUUGGAAAAAGAGAUUGGGAUUUACAAACUGCUGAGGAUUCAAUGCCAACUGGAAAACGGCCGAACGAUGUAACCGGACAGAGAUACACAUUUGGUUUGGGCAAGAGAAUGCUUGAGGAAGAAGAUACUGUACAAUAGAGAAAACAAGUUGAGUUUUCUCGUAAUCGUAUCAUUCGGUGACGUCACGCGCGAACAUUGUUUCCCUUCUCUUUCCAUCAUUGAUCCCCCAUCUCUUCGGAUUCCUGAUUAAUUAAUUAAAAAAAAAAAAAAAAAAAAAAAAAAAAAAGAAAAAAAAAUAGAAAAAAAGAAAGAAAAAAAUUCUAAUCGAAUAAAAAAGAAAUAAAAAUAUAUAUAUAUAUAUA